CGGCCCGCGGCCUCCGCGCUGGGGCGGCCGCCGCGGUCUCCAUGGUAACGGCCCCGCCGGCGUCUCGGCCUCGGGGGGAAGAUGCGGCCUGCGGGGCCCGGCGCCUCGGCCGUCGCCUCACGGCCCGGCCGGGGCCACUGAGGAGGACGGGCCCGGCCGCCGCGCUGCCCGGCCGCGGGCGCCAGUGAACCCCACUCUCUGACUAGAGACGCAGAUGGCCUCCGGUGAGAGAGAUGCCAUAUCGUGGUACCAAAAGAAGAUUGGAGCUUAUGAUCAACAAAUAUGGGAAAAGUCAGUCGAACAGACUCAGAUUAAGGGCUUCAAAAACAAACCAAAAAAGAUGGGUCACAUAAAGCCAGACUUGAUUGACGUUGACUUAAUUAGAGGCUCAACAUUUGCCAAAGCCAAGCCUGAAAUUCCAUGGACAUCUCUGACUCGGAAGGGACUUGUUCGAGUGGUAUUUUUUCCACUGUUCAGCAAUUGGUGGAUUCAGGUUACCUCUUUAAGAAUCUUUGUUUGGCUGCUACUGCUUUACCUCAUGCAAGUCAUAGCGCUCGUGUUGUACUCUAUGAUGCCUAUUGUGAAUGUAAGUGAAGUGCUGGGACCCUUGUGCCUUAUGUUACUUAUGGGAACUGUCCACUGUCAGAUUGUAUCCACUCAGAUGACACGACCAUCAGCAAACAACGGGAAUCGAAGGAGGAGAAAAUUACGAAAAACUGUGAAUGGUGAUGGGAAUCGAGAAAAUGGAAAUAACUCCUCUGAUAAAGUCAGAGGAGUAGAAACUUUGGAAUCUGCACCCUUUAUUGGUGGUUUUUGGGGGACUCUCUUUGGCAACAGGAUUAAAAGAGUAAAAUUGAUAUGUAACAGAGGGACUGAAACUGACAAUGAUGCGAGUUGUCUUCAUCCUAUCAUUAAGAAGAGACAGUGUCAACCAGAGAUUAGAAUGUGGCAAACUAGAGAGAAAGCAAAAUUUUCAGAUGGAGAUAAACGCCAUAGGGAGGCUUUCAGGCAUGUGGGUCCUGGGGUUUCGGAUGAUCUGUCAAGUGAAGAAGAUGGUGAAGCCCGAAAGCAGAUGAUCCUGUUGCGCAGGAGUGUGGAGGGGGCCUCCAGUGACAACGGUUGUGAAGUGAAGAACAGAAAGUCAAUACUUACAAGGCACCUAAAUUCUCAGGUAAAGAAAACCUCUCCCAGGUGGUCUCACAUCGUGCGGGAUUCGGACAGUCUCGCCGAGUCAGAGUUUGAAUCCGCAGCCUUCAGCCAGGGCUCUAGAUCUGGUGUGAAUGGCGGCUCGCGAAGCCUCAACAUGUCAAGGAGAGAUUCAGAAAGCACCCGCCACGACUCGGAGACCGAGGACAUGUUAUGGGACGACCUUCUGCACGGCCCAGAGUGCCGCUCGUCCGUCACCAGUGACAGUGAGGGGGCCCACGUAAACACCCUUCCCCCGGGGGCCAAGCGCGACCCCAAAGAGGACGUCUUCCAGCAGAACCAUUUAUUCUGGCUUCAGAAUUCAAGUCCUGCCUCUGAUCGAGUUAGUGCAAUCAUCUGGGAAGGAACUGAGUGUAAAAAGAUGGAUAUGUCUGUGCUGGAAAUAAGUGGCAUCAUCAUGAGCAGGGUUAAUACAUAUCAGCAAGGAGUAGGUUAUCAGAUGCUGGGAAAUGUGGUCACCAUUGGAUUAGCCUUUUUUCCUUUCUUACAUCGUCUUUUCCGUGAGAAGAACCUCGACCAACUAAAGUCCAUUUCAGCUGAAGAGAUCUUGACUCUCUUUUGUGGGGCACCACCUGUUACACCUAUUCUUAUUUUGUCUAUAAUUAAUUUUUUUGAACGCUUGUGUCUUACUUGGAUGUUUUUUUUCAUGAUGUGUGUGGCUGAGAGGACCUAUAAACAGAGAUUUUUGUUUGCAAAACUCUUCAGCCAUAUUACUUCUGCCAGGAAAGCUAGGAAAUAUGAAAUACCUCAUUUCAGACUUAAAAAGGUAGAAAACAUUAAGAUAUGGCUAUCACUGCGAUCCUAUCUAAAGAGACGGGGCCCACAGCGUUCUGUUGAUGUGGUUGUAUCUUCAGUUUUCUUACUGACACUUUCAAUUGCUUUCAUUUGUUGUGCCCAGGUUCUCCAAGGACAUAAAACUUUCUUGAAUGAUGCUUAUAAUUGGGAAUUUUUGAUCUGGGAAACAGCUUUGCUACUUUUCUUACUGCGCUUGGCCUCAUUGGGGUCUGAAACCAAUAAGAAAUACAGCAACGUUUCAAUAUUACUUACGGAACAGAUUAACUUAUAUCUUAAAAUGGAAAAAAAGCCAAAUAAAAAAGAACAACUUGCUCUAGUAAACAAUGUAUUGAAGUUGUCCACCAAGUUAUUGAAAGAGCUGGACACACCAUUUAGACUUUAUGGACUGACAAUGAACCCCCUGAUCUACAACAUCACACGAGUUGUCAUCCUUUCCGCGGUCUCGGGUGUUAUAAGUGAUCUUCUAGGAUUUAAUAUAAGACUGUGGAAAAUUAAAUCAUAAGCUGUGCCUGGCCCCUCGCUGACAUCAGUACGUCCCUUAAGGAAAGAGACGACUGCGGAAACCCACCUGCUCGUCCACACAGCGCUGCCCGCGGGGCUCUGCUACGGCUAAUGAAUGGUGUUUUCGGAGGAACAAAUCUUCCAGCCAGGGAUGCAUGCUAAAAACAUGUAUUUUUUUAUGGCUUUCAAACAAUAUGAAUAGUGUGGAGAUUACAGACUGUGUUAUGGUAACACAGGGCAACUUUUUAAGUUAGGGCAUUUCAGCACUGUGACAGUUACAUUUACUCGAAGUAGUCUUUUGGGUAACUAUGGUAGGUGCCCAAAGCAUGAUGCAAAUAGCCUUUAUUAGAAAUGUGCAAAUACAGUACUUUUCUAUUACAGUCUAUGGAACUGGAGAUUUCAUUUCUCUCACAAAGAGGGAGCAAAUUUAAACUAUUUUAAGUUGAACUUAAAUAAAAGGACUCCUGGAAAAUUUCAGUCUCUAGUUU